UGGCAGCGGCCCUUCUACGCCAUCGUGAAACUUCUCUAUGGUCGCCGCCGCUUCCCGGGCGGUGUCAUGGCGGCCGGCGUUGAGUUGGCAGGACUGGCCCACGAAACUGAGGAAAGUCAGUAAAGCUGAGAAAGAAGUGGUGCAGCCGCACGGCGGGAAGCCGUGGGGAUGAGCAGAGGCCUUGCGGGGGCCGCGGUGUCCAUAGCGGUGAACCCUUGGUGAAGCGCCAGGCCGGGCCUCGGUUUUCUGACGCGGCCGUUGGUGGGAGUGCGGUGCCCUGCGAGUCCUCAGCGUCUGGAUCCGCACCAGCUUCGGCGUCCAGGGACAUUUGGAGCGGACGUGUCCACCCGCAGCGAUGUCGUCCUGGCUUGGGGGCCUUGGCUCCGGCUUGGGCCAGUCUCUUGGUCAAGUAGGGGGCAGCCUGGCUUCCCUCACUGGCCAGAUUUCAAACUUCACGAAGGAUAUGCUGAUGGAGGGCACGGAGGAUGUGCCAGAUUUGCCCAAUUCCGGGAGAGAAGAAAAUGGAGCUACUCACUCAGUCUUAAGAUCAGAGAAUGAAAGACUUAAAAAGCUUUACACUGACCUAGAGGAAAAGCAUGAAGCAUCAGAACUUCAAAUAAAGCAGCAAUCUUCAAGUUAUCGAAGUCAGUUACAGCAGAAAGAGGAGGAAAUCAACCACCUUAAGGCAAGACAGACUGCGCUGCAGGAUGAACUGCUCAGACUGCAGGUAGCUGCUCAGUCAGCCCACUCAGGAGCUGCCACCGCACCAGCCGCCACCGCACCAGCUUCGUUCAGCUAUGGGAUCAGUCAUCCCGUGUCAGCCUUCCAUGAAGACGACAUGGAUUUUGGUGAUGUGAUCUCAUCACAACAAGAAAUAAACCGCCUAUCAAAUGAAGUUUCAAGACUUGAAUCUGAACUUGGACAUUGGAGACAUAUUGCUCAGGUACAGGGAGCACAAAGCUCUGAUCAGACUGAAAUCUGCAAACUACAAAAUAUUAUUAAGGAACUUAAGCAGAACAGAAGUCAGGAAAUUGAUGACCAUCAGCAUGAAAUGUCAGUACUGCAGAAUGCUCAUCAACAGAAACUGACAGAGAUAAGUCGUCGGCACCGAGAGGAGCUACGUGACUAUGAAGAGCGAAUAGAAGAGCUGGAAAACCUGUUACAGCAAGGAGGCUCAGGAGUUACGGUAACCGAUCACUCUAAAGUGUACGAGAUGCAAAACACUAUUCAGAGCCUACAGAUGGAAAGAGUAGAGUCUUCCAGAAAGAUCGAAGACCUUGAGAAUAAAAUAAAAGAGAUACAUAAAAGAUUGUCUUCUGCAGAACAUGACCGGGAAGUCUGCAAAAAAGAACAAGAACGGCUAGAAAUGGAAAAGAGACAGAUGGCUGAGCAGUGCGAGCGCUUGAAACUGGACUGCAGGGAAGCCCAGCAGAGUGCUCUGAGGCUGACUGAUGCUGUGACGGAGGAUGAGAGGAGCCUCUCACAGAGCGCCUCAGUCGCAGAGGUCUUGAGACUGCAGCAAGCUUUGACCGAUGCUGAAAAUGAAGUAAAGAGACUAAGUAGUUUAAACCAGGAUACCAAUCUUGCCGAAGACAAUCAGAAACUUCAAAUGUGUGUCCAAACUUUAGAAAAAGAGAAGUCUCUUUUGAGUCAAGAAAAGGAAGAGCUUCAAACAUCACUUUCCAGGCUGAGCCAUGAAUACGAAGUCAUUAAAAGUACAGCUACAAGGGACUCAGAUUUGUCUUCUCAAGUACAUGACUUAAAACAUAACCUGGAGGCGAAGGAGCAAGAGUUGAACCAGAGUAUUCAUGAGAAUGAGAUCCUCAUGGCUGAAUUGGAAGAACUGGACAAGCAGAACCAAGAGGCUACUAAGCAUGUGAUUUUGAUAAAAGAGCAGCUAUCAAAACAGCAGAGUGAAGGAGAUAGUGUGAUCAAGAGACUGAAAGAAGAGCUGGAUGAUGAAAAGAAGAGAACCCAUCAGCUUGAGGAUGAUAAAAUGAACAUUAUUAAAGAGUUAAACGUACAGAAAGAAAAGCUGACUCACAGUGAACAGGUCCUAAGUGAUUUACAGUUAACCAAGCAGAAGCUUGAAGGUAAAGUAGAAGAUUUAGUAGAUCAGCUAAGUAAAUCAGAGAAAAAUAAUUUCGACAUUCAGAAGGAGAACCGUGAACUGAGGGAACAUAUCAGACAAAAUGAAGAGGAGCUGUCCACAGUCAGGAGUGAGUUAACUCAGUCUCAAACCCAGGGCUCCAACAGUAACUUGAAGGAUGACUUACUCAGAGAAAAGGAGACUGAAGUUCAAAGCUUAAAGCAAAAUCUUUCAGAAAUAGAACAGCUCAAUGAACAUUUAAAGCAAGUUGCUUUUGAUCUCAGAAUAGAAAAUGAAAAGUUGGUUGUAGCAUGUGAAGAUGUGAGAAAUCAGCUGGAAGAAUCUGUUGCCGGCAACAACCAGAUUUCUCUGGAAAAAGCUGCCAUCCUGGAAUGGGAAAAGGCACAGCUAGAAGCAGAACCGUGUCGAGCUGAAAAGAGGCUGUUGGAAGAAGGGAGGAAGUACAGGCAGACUGUCCAGGGACCGUCCAGCACACACAGCCCGGAUGCCUCUGCCUUACAGUUGGAACAGGAGCGAUUAAUUCAGCUCAAUCAAGAAAAAGACUUUGAAAUAGCAGAACUCAAAAAGAGUAUCGAGCAAAUGGAUACUGAUCAUAAACAAACCAAGGAGACUCUGUCAUCUAGUUUAGAAGAGCAGAAACAAUUGGCCCAACUUAUAAAUGAGAAAGAAAUUUGUAUCGUGAAACUUAAAGAGAAAAGUUCAGAACUGCAGAGGGAAUUAGAUAGAUGUUCUCAGGCCUUAAGGAAAAACGAGACUUUAAGGCAAACCAUAGAAGAAAAGGAUAGAAGUCUAGGAUCCAUGAAAGAAGAGAACAAUCACCUGCAGGAGGAGCUCGAGCGGCUGCGGGAGCAGCAGAGUCGGGCUGUGCCCGUGCCUGAGCCUAGAACUCUUGACAGCACCACGGAGCUCGAAUCUGAGCUGUCUCAGCUACACACAAUCAAGGAUCAUCUGGAAGAAGAAAUUAAACAUCACCAGAAAAUGAUUGAAGAUCAAAACCAGAAUAAGAUGCAGCUGCUUCAGUCUCUCCAGGAGCAGAAGAAAGCAAUGGAUGAGUUUAAGUACCAGCAUGAACAGAUGAGCAUCACACACUCACGGCUCUUUUUGGAGAAAGAUGAGGAAAUUAAGAACUUGCAGAAAACAAUUGAACAAAUAAAAGCCCAGCUGCAGGAAGAAAGGCAGGACAGUCAAACAGAGAAUUCUGAUAUUUUCCAAGAAACAAAAGUUCAGAGCCUCAACAUAGAAAUUGGAAGUGAAAAGCAUGAUCUAUCUAAAGCCGAGACGGAGAGGUUAGUGAAGGGGAUAAAAGAGAGGGAGCUGGAGAUCAAGCUUCUGAAUGAGAAGAAUAUCUCUUUAACCAAGCAGAUUGACCAGCUGUCCAAAGACGAGGUCGGCAAGCUCACUCAGAUUAUCCAGCAGAAGGACGUGGAGAUACAAGCUCUUCAUGCCAGGAUCUCCUCGGCGUCCUACUCUCAGGAUGUUGUGUACCUUCAGCAGCAGGUGCAGGCAUAUGCUAUGGAAAGAGAGAAAGUCAUGGUGGUUUUGAGUGAGAAGACGAGGGAAAAUAGCAAGCUAAAAUCAGAGUAUCAUAAGAUGAUCGAUAUUCUUAGUGCCAAAGAAGCAGCCCUUAUUAAGUUGCAAGACGAGAAUAAAAAAAUGUCCACUAGGUUUGAAAGUAGUGGUCAAGAUAUGUUUAAAGAAACUAUUCAGAAUUUAUCCCGGAUCAUCCGAGAAAAGGACAUUGAGAUAGACGCACUGAGUCAGAAGUGCCAGACCCUGCUGACAGUCCUGCAGACUUCUGGCACGGGUAGCGAGGUUGGAGGGGUUAACAGCAACCAGUUUGAAGAGCUCUUACAGGAGCGGGAUAAACUGAAGCAGCAGGUGAAGAAAAUGGAGGAGUGGAAACAGCAAGUGAUGACCACCGUGCAGAACAUGCAGCACGAGUCCGCUCAGCUCCAGGAAGAGCUUCACCAACUUCAGGCACAGGUUUCGGUUGACAGUGAUAACAACACUAAGCUGCAGGUGAACUACACAGGCCUGAUCCAGAGUUACGAGCAGAAUGAAACCAAGCUCAAGAACUUUGGGCAGGAAUUGGCACAAGUUCAGCACAGCAUAGGGCAGCUUUGUACUACCAAGGACCUGCUUUUAGGAAAACUCGACAGUAUGUCACCCCAGCUCUCUCCUGGCUCAUCACUCACCACUCAGGCAGCAGAGCCUCUUAAAGCAAGCCAGUGUUCUGGGCCACAUGAGUCCUCUCACUUGCUUCAGCAAGAAGUAGAUGAUCUGAGAAAAUCCCUGCAGGAAAAGGAUGCCACAAUUAGAACACUCCAGGAAAAUAACCACAGACUGUCUGACUCCAUGGCUGCUUCCUCGGAGGGAGAAAGAAAAGAGCAUGAGCAAACCGAUUCAGAAGUUAAGCAGCUAAAGGAGAAGCAAGAGGUUUUACAAAACUUACUCAAGGAAAAAGACCUCUUAAUCAAAGCCAAAAGUGACCAAUUACAUUCUUCAAAUGAGAAUUUUGCUAACAAAGUGAGUGAAAAUGAGCUUCUGAGGCAGGCAGUGACAAAUUUGAAGGAGAGAAUAUUGAUUUUAGAAAUGGACAUUUCUAAAUUAAAAGGGGAAAAUGAAAAAGUAAUAGAAGCAUCCAAGGGGAAGGAAACAGAAUACCAGGCGUUACAAGAGACCAACAUGAAGUUUUCCAUGAUGUUACGAGAAAAGGAGUUUGAAUGCCAUUCGAUGAGAGAGAAGGCACUUGCCUUUGAGCAACUACUGAAAGAAAAAGAACAGGGCAAGGCUGGGGAGCUAAAUCAACUUUUAAAUGCAGUUAAAUCAAUGCAGGAGAAGACAGUUACAUUUCAACAGGAAAGAGACCAAGUUAUGUUGGCCCUGAAACAGAAGCAAAUGGAAACCAGUACCCUGCAGAAUGAGGUUCAACGUUUACGAGACAAAGAAGCCCGGUUAAACCAGGAACUACAGAGAUUGCGCGACCACCUCUUAGAGUCAGAAGACUCUCAUACCCGGGAAGCUCUGGCUGCAGAAGAUAGAGAGGCUAAACUGAGGAAGAAGGUCUCGGUGUUGGAGGAAAAGCUAGUUUCAUCCUCCAAUGCAAUGGAAAAUGCAAGUCAUCAAGCCAGUGUCCAAGUAGAGUCUUUGCAAGAGCAACUGAACAUGGUCUCCAAGCAAAGAGAUGAGACUGCCCUGCAGCUUUCUGUCUCUCAGGAACAAGUAAAGCAGUAUGCUAUGUCACUGACCAACCUGCAGAUGGUUCUCGAGCACUUCCAGCAAGAGGAAAAAGCUAUGUAUUCUGCUGAAUUAGAAAAGCAAAACCAGCUCUUAACUGAAUGGAAGAAAAAGGCAGAGAGUCUGGAAGGAAAAGUGCUGUCACUGCAGGAACGUUUGGAUGAAGCAAAUGCUGCACUGGACUCAGCGUCAAGACUUACAGAACAGUUAGAUUUAAAAGAAGAACAAAUUGAAGAACUAAAAAAGCAAAAUGAGCUCCACCAAGAGAUGCUGGAUGAUGCGCAGAAGAAAUUGAUGAGCUUAGUGAACAGCACGGAAGGAAAAGUGGACAAAGUCCUCAUGAGAAACCUCUUCAUUGGUCAUUUCCACACACCUAAGAACCAGCGUCAUGAAGUGCUUCGGCUCAUGGGGAGCAUCCUGGGUGUUAAAAGGGAGGAAAUGGAGCAGCUGUUCGCUGAAGAUCAAGGUGGUGUUACUCGGUGGAUGGCUGGAUGGCUGGGAGGAGGAUCGAAAAGUGUGCCCAAUACACCUUUGAGACCAAAUCAACAGUCCGUGUUUAAUAGUUCUUUUUCAGAACUCUUUGUUAAGUUUCUGGAAACAGAAUCUCAUCCAUCUGUCCCGCCCCCAAAGCUGUCCGUUCAUGACCUGAAGCCUUUAGAUUCUCCAGGAAGAAGGAAAGUCGACACAGGCACAGCCGAAGGCUUUAGAGAUACAGCGGAAUCCAGGGCAGGAAGAAGAACAGACAUGAAUCCAUUCUUGGCUCCCCGCUCAGCAGCCGUGCCCCUUAUUAACCCAGCUGGACAUGGGCCUGGUGGGCCUGGGCAUCUCCUUCUGAAACCCAUCUCAGACGUUCUACCCACGUUUACACCUUUGCCAGUGUCGCCUGACAACAGCGCUGGUGUUGUGCUGAAAGACCUUCUAAAGCAAUAGGUAGCUUUCAGGGCUGAGACUAUGUAGCACUUUAAAGAAACCAUGACACUGUGUGUGUGUGAACUUAUCACAAAGUGGCCUUCUGGAGAGUUAUGUAUUUAUAAUUGUAAUUUCUCUGUUAAUAAAAAUAUUCUUAAUGCUUUUAGAAAUUGCAGGUGUCAGAAGAGCAAGUAUGGAAGAUAUAAUCUGCUUUUUUUUCCCUUUAUGAUGUUACCUAAUUUAAAACUAGAAACAUUUGGUUUCCUUUUCAAUUUACAAAACUCUAAAGGAGAGGCAAGAACAGUAAACUGUGCCUGCUUUUAUCUCCCUGCAUUUUCAAGCUCAUUUAAUAUAUGAGCAUGUGGUUCAUCUUUUAAAGAUAAGGAAUCAACUGUCCCCGACCCCCCAUUGAUGCCUAAUAAAGGCUUCUGUCCAUGGAGCAGAAAAUGCCCUGCAGUGCGCAUGCAUCGGUCACCUGUAGAGGACCGUGUGCUCUGCAGAGAGCAGAGGACAAAGCUGGUCCUGGGAGGUUGUCAGCGCCCCGAGGCAGAGCAGGUAUUUGGUUCUAUGCAAUUUCAUCGUAUGUAUAGAUUCAUCUGACCAUCUCAGUCAGGAUCCAGCUCUUCAUUGGAAGGAUCCCUCACUGCCUCCUCUAAUCCCUGUCAGCCACCAACUGUCACCCUCUAUAAUUUUGUUGUUCUGUAAAUGCUGUUUAAAUGAAAUCAUAUGUUAUGUAACCUCUUGAAAAUGGGUGUUUUUCACUUAGCAUAAUUCCCCUGAGAUUCAUCCAAGUUGUUUCAUGGGUCAGUAGUUUGUUUGUUUUUAUUGUGGAGUACAUGCUGUGAGUAACUAAAUGGUAUCAUUUAGUUUCAGGAGCUGAAAUGUCUUUUUAAAGUAUCACCUACAACUGCAGGUUUCCAGCUCAUGGUUAAUCCCACCACUUGAGAGACAGAAGCAAGAAGAUUGCUUAGGAUUUGGGGCCAGCUUGGUAUAUACAGUGGAUUUCAGGCUAGCCAGAGCAAUAACCAUAGUGAGCCCCUCCCUCAACACACAUGAACACACACACACACACACACACACACACACACACACACACACACACACCAAUCAAAAAGCAUAAGGUUUUCAUGCACAAAUGCACACAUACAUGUUACUUUCGUGGGAGGUUACACUUUAUGUAUGGCUGCAUCCACGUGAACCUUAGACCACUGUUAGCAGUAUCCCGAGCCCUGUCCUCCUGCCUCUGUGUGAGCCUCACCUGUGUGGGGUGCAGCACUCUGCUAGCCGUGCUGGUCAUUUCAGCACACUAACACCAGGGGUUAGCAUUUCUGAACCUUUUCACAAAGCCGCUGCAAAGGAAAAGCAGCCCAAGUCCACAGCCUCACUGAGUCCACGGCUUCACUGUAUCAGGGGUUCACAUUUGCAUCAGUUGUUGCCGUUGUACAUUCAAAAGUCAUUUCUGGCAUAUUUUGUAAAUUCAGAUAAGCCUUUAAAACAGAAAACCCUAUCUAGCAAGGGAAGGUGGAAAUGAGACUAAUUCGGAAGUGUGGACAGUCCUGGCGCCUGCCACGCUAACUUGGGUUGUUUGUAAACUGUACAUUUCUAAUGUGUCUGAAAGUCUGGAGGUUUUAAUGAUGUGCUGAUGGUUAAAAUAUCUUUUUCUGAAAAAUUAGGUAACGGAGAUAGUGCUGCUUUCUGAUGUCACCUGUGUCCUAAACUCACUUACUAUCCUAACUUCUCUGCCCUGUGUCAGAAAGAGUUGCCAGCAGAGUUAAUAGCAAUGCUAAGCUGCCCCGGCCACCGUUGCCGAUGUUACAGAUGCCCCUCAGCUUACAGCGGGCUCACAGCCCACUAACCCACCGUCAGAAAAAGCACCUUGAGUGGAGCAUCUGUUUGCUGUGCUCACCGUCAGUCUGCCCCCCCCCCCCCCCCGGGGCCACUCAGCCGAGCACCAGCCACACCAGCCAGGCUCCACUGCUGCCCAGAUCGAAGAAAAGAGAAACUCUAAGUCUGAAGCUUGAUUUCUGUUCAAUGUAUAUCAUUUUGGCAAACUCCAAAAUUGAAACAGUGAAGCCAUUGUAAGUGAGGGUCUACUGAGACAGGUUUAUACUUUCUUAAAACCUUUCUCUCAUUAGCCUGGAUGGGCGCUGCUUGGAAGGAAAUUUUAACCUCUGAAUGAAGUAGCCUAAAGACCAGCUUUACAGUAAGAAGAAAAUGGAAGGUGUUACUGUUUUCUUUAAAGAAGAGGUACAUGGAGGCUAUUUAAACAGUGUGUUUUAUAUUUAAAUAACUUUAUGACAUUUGAAGUUCCUUGACUAAAACCUUCCUUCCCUCACUGGUUCCUGUAUCCUAAGUUUGAAGGCUGCUGCAGGGAGGAGUCCACACCAGGCAUCCAGGGACACUGUGUGGCAUGGCUGUCUGCCCUGUCUGAAAGCGCAGCACCUACUGCCUCUGUGUGUGCAUCGAUCUGAGUGCGCGUUGAUCGGAGCCCGGCAGAGCCCGCCAGCUUCUCUGAAACCACGUUGUGUCCGAGAUGAAGCAUCUGCUCGAGCAGAAAGCAAGAAGCACACACGUUCAGUGACUCCAGGACACUGCUAGAGGCUCGCUCUCCGGCAGUGCCAUGGCGACUGCAGAAGUCUGCUCUUGAGAUCUGCAACCACUUUGUGGAAUUUGUGGUUGAGUUUGGCAUCAGAAGCCACAGGUUUCCUGUAGUGUUGUAACUGCUGUAAGUGGGCUGUUGGUGUCUUUCUGCACUUAGAAUUUGUAGUUGAAUUUUGCAUUGGAAGCCACAGUUCUUCACAACAUUCCUAAUGGUUUUCAAGUACAGUGAAAUACACUAUCAAGAAUUCACCCUGCCAUUGGUGUUGAUUGAGUGUAGUCACCGGCAUGUGUGCUGUUCAGUUUCACAUCCUGAUAUUCUUGUUUGUUUUUAAAAGGGGGGAUGGGGACCAAAGCACAUAGUCAGGAAGAUGGCAUCCAGCUUGCCAGCCAAACACCAACUGUUACCCAGGAAAAGCCUUUAGUCCCUUUAAUCAUCUCAAGGAUUCAGAGGCUGGAAGUGCUCACCCACGUCAGCUGUGGGAGGGAGGAGGGCUGGCACAGGUGAGGAUGAGACCAUUGGAACUGGGAGUUUUAAAGAAAUUUUCAUAUAUCAAAGCAUUUAAAGCAUCUAGCAACAAAGAUAUUUCUUCUGUAAAUAUCAGUUAGGUAAUAUUUAUUUUAUCUAUCCCUGUGGGAAAAUGGUGAUCGUUGUAAUGUUGGCAUUUGUGAUGAUUUGCAAAUCUUUACAUUUAACUUAUUAUGAUUUAAUCACCUAAAAUUGAUACAUUGUCUUGAUUUAUAGGAAGGUAUCUAAGUGUGAGAAAUUCCAACUGUACCAUAAGAUUGCGUUGUGUUUCAUAUAGUGCUAAAGCCGAUGCGCUCUCGAAUUUCUCGGGAGCAUUGCAAGGCGAAGAAGCCUCCAAAUAAAAAUGAUGUAAGUCGGCUGUGUCCUCAUCCACAAUAAAAACAUUGGGAAACAGC